UAUCCCUUUAUUAAUAUCUUACCUGAACCUGAAUUAGUUAAUACUAUUGAACAAUCUAUAGUAUUAACAGAUAAUACUGAUACUGAAUAUGAACCAAAUUGUCAAAAUAUUGAAGAAAACACAUAA